CCACUUUGUGCUGCGCAAUAAUAAGCUGUUCCAUAGUUAUAUUGCGUAUGCUUAGUACUCGACGGCACAUAUCUGAGAGCAAACCGCUAACCCUUCGAUGCAAGUUUUCGUCUUUUGUCGAUAUAUUUAAGACCUUAUGGCUGAAGAGGCACAAAAUUUAAGUUAAUACGUACGCGAAACAGGCUCCUUUCGUUGCAUUCUCUGAUCUGACAUAGUAAAUAAAGCAAAACAAAGCUGGACCGAUCAAUGUACAUAGUCAGUUAAAUUAUCCAUGAAAAUCAACCAAACGCUCCAAAAUUUAUAUUGGGAAAGCCACGGAGACAUUUGAAAACAAGCUGAAAACACAUUUGCGAGCGAAACUCAAAUCCUUUACAGUCUAUACAGUCGGCCCGCUUUUGGUUCACAGCGGACUACUUCCAAAACUCGAAAAAGGUCGAAAGAAGAUAGUACUCCUUCAAUUUACGUAAGUCGAACUAAGUGUAUUCAGUCAGUCGAGGAACAUAAAUAUUUUAAGUGAACUCGCACAAAACUCAGGAUUUGCGAGCGUAGUUUAGCAGGUGACAGAAUAGUCAUUAAAAUGUUUGUGAGAUAAUACACGAAGAAAGACUAGUUUUAUUGAGGUAUAAUGGAAGGAUAUCCCUUUUACUCUAUCACUAUACUGCGUGAAAAUAGUGAAAAAGAAAUCCGAUACUCAGAAGAUUGCGAACGCUGUUUUAAAGGCAGUACUAUGUCAAAUGACCGAAAACAUUUCGAAAUACAUUUGAUGAUGAAUAUUAAAAGAAUAAAACUACGACGUUUCGAAGUCAUCUUGACUCCAUUAUCAAGUACAGGUAUUAGCUGAAGUUUCGAGAUUAAAUACAAAUAAAGGUGUAGUUUUAUUAUUUUAAUAUUCAUUAUCAAAAGUCAGUUAUGUAAUACUGGUUGUGUUCGCGUUCGCGUGCUUUGCGUGUAUAGGACAUUAUGGGUACCCCUCCCUAGCUGUUCAAUAUCCUGGAGACGUUAAAAAUAGAGGGUCGCUAACUCUAGAAAGACUAGAAAAAUUAAGUCUUUUCUUCCUUGGGAUGGUGUGUUGCGCGUUUCCUUUUUCCUGGGCGUAUAUUUUUCGCUGCGAUAAAAAUACAGACAUGUAGAAAGGUCACAAUGUGUAAAAUGACCUCCUCCUCGUUCCCAGGGCUUCUCCCUUAGAGAUUAGGAACGAACAUUUUGGAAAGCCAGACCGCUACCUGCGAGCAGAUCGAAGGGACCUCUGCUCGCAGGGUACCAAACCGCAUAUACAUAAGGAAAUUUGCACAAAGACAUCAGUCUACCUGCACUUAACUCUUCAUCAAAACUGUCAGUCUUGAUGCAGAGUUAGGUGUGGCGCUUCUCUGAACAAAAUGUGUACCAGUGGAUGGAGGAGACUCGUUGGCAGUUUUGUAUUUUAAAAGUAAACGUCGUCAGAAACUAAAACUAUGCUGGUUUCUCAGUGCUUACACUAUUUGGCAUCACCAUGGUUGACACAAACAGUUCAAUAAAGUGUAAACAUGUUGCCAGUUCUCGAUAAUUUAGAAGCUAAAUACAUGACAACUCCGUACUAACAUUUCGCCCAUUUGUUAUCAUUGGCGUUCGCUGCCGACUAUCGAAAAUAACGGUCGCUAUAGCGAAAUAACGAUCCCAGCGUGCGAUCAAACUGAAAACGAAAACCAAUAUAUGAUAUUCAGUCUUUGAAAACUUAUAAGAAUAAUAUUGUCAAUAUUGUAACGCAUAUGAUCUGAAGAGAGCUAACUAACGUUAAAGUAGGGACUUGGCUAAUAGUUUCAGUGUUCUCAUAUCGGCCAGCGAUCGAAUGAUUGUAUGGAAAACGGGCUUUUUCCACAGGAUGAUGGAGACGCGACAAAAAUAUUUUGUUUAUAACUUGGUUAUUCGAGACUUGACACUUCUUUGACUUCGAUCCAGCGAGUGGAUAUCAGUUCCUCUAGAGACGACGUGUUUGACGACCUUUAGGUAUCAUGUCUCCUGAAACCGAAUCCGCGAUGUUUUGAGAGAAAAUUGUCUUUAUUUUGGCUCGUUCAUGAUAUCCAGCAAAUAAAGAAACUACUCAAGUGGCGUUUUAAAGCAUAAUACCAUAGAAAUCAUAGAGAAUUCUUUCUUAAGUUUCUUGGUAAUUAUGUAUCAUUUUCAAGACCAAUAUUUAAAUAUCACUGGGAAGAUUUUCCUGUACAGCGGAAGGACAUAUUUUUGGUGUAAGAAGCUUAUUUAUGAUAUAACUUGUCAUGCAGUAUUCGACAGUUACGUCAUUCAGUUAUAAAAAAACCCGUCAGUAACAAAGAAAUAAAUAGUUGAGUUCUAUGAAUAUAGAGCAUUCGCUGUGAAAACUUCUUCCUGUGGCUCAGCAACUAUGAAAGUCAUAUUCUUGGUGAGCUUCCUUAUUGCCCUUCUGGUGAGAUCUGAAGAUAUUAUGCCAUUUAAAGAUCAAUGUCUUUACUGGCACAACUAUUUCCGAACACUUCAUCAGGUUCCUUCCGUCACCUGGUCAACGAAACUUCAAAAAGAGGCACAAGAUUGGGCCGAUUAUCUUGCAGCAAACAAUAAGUUUCACCACAGUCCGAAGAAUCCGGGGAACUUGUACCUGUCAGCGUACAAACCGCGAGAGUAUUGCAGCGAUGCUAUUUGGUGGUUCCAUAACGAAGAAAAGUAUUAUAAUUACAGCAAUCCUCGCUACGUCGUAGCGGCUGGACAUUUUACUCAGCUGAUUUGGAAAAACUCUAAACAGAUCGGCGCUGCCUUUGCUGUACGUAAAGACAAGAGGCUUGUUGUAUCUAUCAAAUACAAGCCCGGCGGCAACGUCAUUGGUUACUUUAAGAAAAACGUCCUUCCUCCAACUGCGUCUCUUUUGGGACCGGAAUGGGCUCGAAUCCCGCCUAAAUUUGCCAGGUGCCCGAUAUUGACUCCGACUGGGUCCACUGAAGGGAGCGCGUCUAAUGUAACGCAGCCGUAUGUGAAGGGGUCAGCAGGAAUAGUUGGGUUAACUCUGGAGCUCUUCACUGGGUCUUUUAUCCUUGCAACUUUAUUUUCGUAAAGCUAUAAGGGCGCUGGUUACCCCGAAUAGCUCAUUUGGGCUCCCUGUGGACCGCGAUCUGUUUCUUGGUCAGCAGCAGGUCAAUAAAAACAUUGUAGUUUGGUAUCUUAGUGACUUAGUGACUUGGAAUACCCGUACGAAGUGUAUACUUAAUGAACAGUUAUUUAUUUUGAACAACAGUUUGAUAUUAGUCCUGAGAAAGCCAGACUAUAAAUAUAUUAAUAUCAAUAACAUUUUAUUUUUAAAGAGAGGGACAUAAAACAAGUUAAAAAGUCCUUUCUUAGAUCUUCGUCCCUAAACAUGAAUUAUGUUUUAAAAAACAGUUUUCAGAGAAGCGUCAUGUGAUGUGAUAUAAAAUGACAAACAAACUAACUUAUGGAUCUAGGAAGAGGUAUAUCAGGUUCUUUUGUGAUCGCGCUGUCAUGUGUAAUGUUUUUAGCCACGAUGGAUAAAUUUUAACAGCAAACAUUUCAGGGUUGUUCCACGCUUGAAUUCGAAAUACUGAAAAGUUAAAACUAUAUUAGUUAUAUCAUCAAAGUUAACUUAGUAAACUAAACAAUAUGAUUUUUAUGAUGAUGAUGAUGAUAGACAUCUUUCUAAUUUUUUGUAUAUUUUGAAAGUAUUAUGUAUAAUGAUUCAUAUUUCGACAAGUACUGACUUUCUGUCUUUGCAAUACGUUUGUAAUUUUAAAACUAUUCUAAGCCAAAUAAAUUAUAUUGUAAAAUUCAACUAUUUAUUUGUGACGUACAGUGAAAUUUCCUCAGCCUCUUAUCGAAGCAGUAGACCUCAAAAUAAUAGUCUUCCGGGGUAUACUGCUAACCAAAGGAAAGUAAUGAGAAUGGCGGAAAUAUUGAAUAGAUUGGUACGGAUUACGAUUGACAAACUUUAAAAAUUAGACAUUUACCAUCACCCAUAUCAGAAAUAAAGUUAUAGACUUAGUACGUAAGAGUAGCGAAACCUAGAUAUAUAAGGCAUAAAAUGGUUUACAAUGACGAGUCGUGAAAAUUUUGUAACAAGGUGUAAAUACGAAUAAUAAACUAGACGUAACUAAUUGUG